AUGGGGGCACCCAGGUGUUGGGGACGAAGGGGACCCAGGUGUUGGGGACAGGGGCACCCAGGUGUGUCAGGGAUGGGGGGCACCCAGGUGUCUGGGAUGAGGGGACCCAGGACAUUUGGGACCGAGGGCACCCAGGACGUUUGGGACCAAGGGCACCCAGGAGUUGGGGACGGGGGCACCCAGGUGUCUGGGAUGGGGGGGGACCCAGGUGUUGGGGACAGGGGCACCCUGGUACCCGGGACUGGGGGGACCCAGGACGUUUGGGACCAAGGGGACCCAGGAGUUGGGGACAGGGGCACCCAGCACCUUCCACUUCCCUCCACCGCCUCCCAGUGCCUCCCAGUAAAUCCCAGUGGCCCCCAGUGGCCCUCCUAG